GAACAACCUAUGAACUUAUCGGUGAAUGGUCAAUCGCAGGUUCCUCCAGGCUUCCGUUUCCAUCCAACUGAGGAGGAGCUUCUUCAUUACUACUUACGCAAGAAAGUCGCGUACCAAAAGAUUGACCUAGAUGUUAUACGCGACAUUGAUCUCAAUAAACUCGAACCUUGGGACAUUCAAGAAAGAUGCAAGAUUGGUUCGGGUCCUCAAAACGAUUGGUAUUUCUUUAGUCAUAAGGACAAGAAAUAUCCAACCGGGACACGAACCAACCGAGCCACAGCUGCUGGAUUUUGGAAGGCGACAGGUCGGGAUAAGGUUAUAUAUGGUGGGUUGAAGAGGAUCGGGAUGAGAAAGACUUUAGUCUUCUAUAAAGGCCGAGCUCCUCAUGGUCUCAAGUCCGAUUGGAUAAUGCAUGAAUAUAGGCGAGAUGAUCCACAAGAUCAAGCUAAUGCUGGAGAUUUGGGGCCGGAGGAAGGCUGGGUGGUAUGCAGAGUAUUCAAGAAAAAGAAUUAUCACAAGGCCUUGGAUUCUCCCCAAAUUGCAACACAUCAUUCAAUGGAUUCUUCAAGAACCCUAAACAAGAUUAACAUGCCAACCGAUGACGCUGUUUUGGAUCAAAUACUUACAUACAUUGGCCGUCGUUCGACAUGCAAAAAUGAGCACGAGCCCAAUAACAAUAUUCAUUUCCCACCACUCGUCGCUGAUCGGGCUCACGAUCGUGAUCAAGGCCUAACUCAAUAUCGCCACUACUCGCAGCUUCCGAUGCUAGAUAAUGCAAACUUCGGUGUGAUUAAGUCGAACCAUGAUUCACCACUUGAUGAAGAUAUCGUUUGUGUUGUGGAAACUGGCGAAUCCUCAAAUUGGACAGCUAAGGACAUGAACGAUUGGGCUGAGAUGGAUAGGCUUGUCGCGUCCCAAUUAAAUUGCCAACUUGAUUCAUCCAAACAAUUCAACAACAUAAAUGACAUGUCUUACUCAAUGGAUCAUCACGAUCAUGAACUUGGUGAAAACAAACAAGAACAAGAUGAGAUAAAUCAACUUCAUGAAUCCCCUCGAUUGGUGUAUGGCGACGAGAUUGACCUAUGGAGCUUCGUUCGAUCCUCGUCAACAUCAGACCCUUUAUGCCACUUAUCAGGGUAG